GCUCUUCUUAGCAACAUUCCAGUGUUUGAAAAUGGCGGACGAGGCACUUGCCAGAGCGGGUCUUCAUUUUGACGAGUUAAAUAAGAUAAGGGUGCUUGAGCCAGAGGUGUCUCAAGAUACCACAGAAUUGAAGGAAGAAUGUAAAGAUUUUGUAGAUAAAAUGGGUGAAUUUCAGAAGAUAGUGGGAUCAUUUAUAGAUAUGGUAGACAAAGUGUCAAAAGAAGUUGAAAAAGAAAAAAUGAAGGCUAUUGGAUCCAGGAAUCUCCUUAAAUCAAUUGCAAAACAAAGAGAGGCUCAGCAACAGCAGCUACAGGCAUUAUUAGCUGAAAAGAAAAUGCAGUCAGAAAGGUUACGAGUACAAUACGAAGCUUUACAAAAGGAAGAGGCAGAGCAAAAUGAAUUUAUUGAACAGUUCAUUUUACAAAAAUGAAACUCUCAACUGGACUGUGAUAUCUUAUUAAAGGAAAGCAAAUUGUAUGUUUUUGUAGCAUGGGAAAGCAGGAAGGUUUUCAUGUAUUCCACAAGUCAAAGGACAG